AUGAGCUCAGGAUUCGACCUGGAAAAGGAGCGAAAGACUGCACAAUCGAGCGCCCAGUCGUCAAUAACCAACGCUCCUCAUGCGGCCGAAUUAGAGAGCGAGAAUCGCAAUGCUGCGAAUGACAAAGAGACUUCUAGCCUACCGGGAAAGGUAGAUGCGGAAGAACAGAACCAGGACGACGAAGCACAGUAUCCUCAUGGUCUCAAGUUAGUCAUAAUCAUCGUGGCUCUUGGUAUGAGUAUCUUCUUGGUUGCCCUCGACAUGACAAUUGUAGCGACGGCUAUUCCAAAGAUCACCGAUCAAUUUCACAGCCUUGAUGAUGCCAGUUGGUAUGGUUCGGCAUUCUUGAUGACUACUGGAGGCUUCCAGUCAACCUGGGGAAAAAUAUACAAAUAUUUCCCGCUAAAGAUCUCGUUUCUGCUUGCGGUUUUCAUUUUCGAGCUUGGAAGCUUAAUUUGUGGUGUGGCUCCAAGUUCUGUGGCACUGAUUGUUGGUCGUGCAAUUGCUGGAGUUGGUGCAGCUGGUAUUGGGAGUGGGGUUUUCAUUAUCGUCGCUUUCAUCGCCAGUCCAAAAAGGCGACCAUUCUUCACCGGUAUUAUUGGCAUGUCUUACGGGAUAGCAUCGGUCGUUGGCCCCCUUGUUGGGGGUGUAUUCGCCGACAAAGUAACUUGGAGGUGGUGCUUUUACGUCAAUUUGCCCAUUGGAGGCCUCGCAGCCACUUCCAUUGUUUUCGCCUUUCACACACCCGACAGCCUCUCGAUAACCAAAGCUACAUUGAAGGAAAGGAUCCUGCAGAUAGAUCCCAUCGGAACGAUCCUUCUGAUCUGUACCAUUACUUCAUACAUCUUACCACUCCAAUUUGGUGGACAGACAAAGUCAUGGGGCUCCAGUACUGUCAUUGGUCUUCUUGUCGGCUUUCCUCUCAUGACUAUCGCCUAUAUUAUGUGGGAAUGGUUCCAAGGAGAACGGGCCGCCUUUCCGCCGCGCUUGAUGUCGAACCGCCUCAUCCUUGUGAACUCAAUCGACGCAUUUCUUUUCGCAGGUUCGUACUUUAUCAUAGUCUAUUACCUGCCUUACUAUUUCCAGAGUGUCCAAAACGUCAGUUCUACUAUUUCUGGUGUACGAAACCUUCCUUUGAUUAUCUCGACGUCGUUGGCUAUCAUUGUAUCUGGUGGCACCACCACCAAAACUGGUCAUACUGCUCCUCUUAUGGUUGUCGGUGGGGUCCUUGCAACCAUCGGCUCGGGGCUGUUAUACUCGCUGGACAUCAGUACAAACACUGGCAAAUGGAUUGGAUACCAAAUCGUGGGCGGAGUUGGAUGGGGAUUGGCCUACCAGGUUCCCCUCAAUGCGGUGCAUGGCGCAGUGGGUCCCAGUGACAUUGCAACCGUGACGGCUGUCAUUGUCUUUUUCCAAACUGUCGGGGGUGCGAUUUUCGUGGCUGCAGCACAAGCUGGGCUCGUCAACCAAAUUAUCAUCAAACUUAAUGCAACCGCACCGAACAUCAACUCAGCCUUAGUGGUCUCGACUGGUGCAAGCGAGCUGCGAAACGUUUUCACAUCUGACCAGAUGUCUGCUAUAUUGCCUGCUUACAUGUCAGGUCUUAAGGCCGCUUACGCUAUUUCGAUCGCUGCGGCCGGAAUCGCUUUCUGUCUCAGCCCCUUCAACAGCUUCAAGAAAAUUGACGCCCAUGCAGCAGCUGAAGGCUCCGAGAGUGCCCCUAAGAGUGCGGCUGUGUAA